AUGGGCUUUGAUGAGAGAUGGAUCAGGUGGAUUAAUUUUUGCAUCAGCACUAUUAAAUUCUCAAUUUUGAUAAAUGGUUCUCCGGCUGGUUUUUUCUCUUCACAGAGAGGUCUGAGGCAGGGGGAUCCUAUAUCCCCUUUUUUAUUUAUUCUAGCAAUGGAAGGUUUAAACAUCCUGUUUAAAUCUACCAAAGCUAACAACAGGAUCAGGGGUUUCAGGGUAAAUUAUAGAGAUCCAGUGUCUGUGGAGGUUACACAUCUGCAAUAUGCAGAUGAUACUUUGGUGUUUUGUGAUACUGAUAGAGACCAGGUGCUUAUUUUGAGAGUGAUAUUCAUCUUUUUUGAAGCUAUUUCUGGAUUACGCAUUAACUGGAAUAAGAGCUUCAUCUAUCCAAUUAAUGAAGUAAUGGAUAUUCAUAGCUUGGUGAAUAUUCUAGGAGGAAGAGUAGGAACCUUGCCAACAGUCUAUCUUGGAAUGCCUCUUGGAGCAAAAAGCAAAUCUAAAGGGAUCUGGAAUGAUGUAGUUGAGAAGUCAAAAAGACUUGAUGCCCUGAGAAGAAAUUUCAUAUGGCAAGGUGCCAGUGAGGAGCGAAAUCCAUCUGGUCAGAUGGGAUGUCCUUACAACAAGCAAGAAGGAAGGAGGGAUGGGG